AUGGCUUCCCCAGCAAGAGUUCUGGGAAGCCCUGAUCAACCCAACGAUCCCCAUUGCACCUGCUUCGUGGUUAUCACCGACUCGAUCACUGGGUACUGUGUCGUGACUGGUGCUCCAUCUAUGAAAGUUAUGCUGAAGUUGCUCUGGGACCGUUGGGUGUCUUACUUUGGCAUUCCUCUGAGUCUCAUGUCGGAUAACGCGUUGGAUUCUCAGAUAAUGCGCCACUCGCUGGCUGCCACGGCCAUUCAGUACUUGCCCGUGCCUGCGUGGAGUCUUUUCUCGUUGAGAAAGGACUCAAAUGGUUUGGCAGAGGUGCGAGUGACAAGGAUCAAGCAGAUCGUUUUGGUGAUGGAACUGCCUUGGGACGAAGCUCUCUGGUAUGCUAAAAUGACGGUUAAUUCCGCUGUUCGUGCUUCCGGUGCGAGUGCCGCGGAGUUGGUCAUGGGGGGUCGGAUACUAGCACCCUCCGCAGCAUUAUUGGGUUCCAUGACUCAGGCCAAGGAGUUCGGGACGGAGAUGGACGACACCACGGUCGAGGUAGACCCAUCGACGACGGACCCCGUCCACAUCAAGUGGUGA